ACUUGAUCACUCUUUCCAUCCCUUCAAAGAAAGCCACGAUGGCGUCUGGCAGCGCAUCCACAGCUGUUGCGCCAGCGAAAAGUGCAGACGACCUUCUCGCCCAAUACCGCGCCGAGUCAACGCCAGCACCGAAUGCUCCCUUCGUCUGGAAGCCAUCCUCACCCGGCAACGCCGAUGGCUUGAGCGACUUUCUCGAAGCCCAUCUGCCUUCGACGACCACUUCACGCGGCGGCAGCAGACACAUCUGGGUCACUAUUCCAUACAAGCGUCAGUCAUCGUCUCGCUCAGACAAUGAUAUGAAGUUCGCCCUCGCUCAAGCACACCACGCCUUCGCGGAGCUGAGCACUUCUUGCCAGGCGAUCGAGGACAACGACAAGAUUCCUCAACGCCAGAACAGAAAGCAGGGAAUGAGCAAAGGUCAGAGGAAGAAGGUCCUCAUCGACGACUUUGGCGCUUCGUUGCCGCGCUGGGCGGAUGAGGGUGGGUUACUCACGGGCAAGUGGCUGAUGUUCAAGGAUGACAAGUGGGUCGACUACGGGUUUCGUACAUUGGCCUACUCCAUCAUCGAUGGGCCCCUUUCGCAGUGCAAGAGCGCCAAUGUCCACACCGUCAAAGUAGACUGCGCGGAUCAUCGCAAGAAUGGCGAGCAACUGAUCAGCCUCUUCUAUGAGGAUGUAUGGGACGAGGCGGCAUCGACGGAGAUUGCGAGGAUCAUGUUGCGCCAUCACUGCCAGUACUCGCGAGCGGCCAAGACAGACCUUCAUUCCGCGCUCGGGAUCAAUAGCAAGGUGAAAGGCGUGGCUAUCAGUGGGGAUUCGACUCGUCUUGCUGAUCUUUCUCCUCUUUGCGCCCAUAGCACUGGACCAACCUCCCCUCCUCGAUCCAUCGCUUCGACUCGCUCAUUCCUCGCGAAACGCAGGAAGAGCUCAAGGAGCAGUACCGCGUCGAAAAGGCGCAGCGGGACAAGGAGAAGAAGAAAAGGGGAGAGAAGUCCAGUCACAGCCCGGAAGCGAGUAGAUCGGCAGGUGGAAAGAAGGUGACAGCAAAGGGUGCACCCAUGCAGGCGGCUGACUUCUGGCAAGAGACCGAUGAUGACGGCGACGAGGAGGAGGGGAUGAUGGGGGAUGAUCUGAGCUCCAGACAACAGCCAGCGAAGCCUACGACGCUGGCUCCGUCUGCGCCUGCG